UUCGGAGGAUCUAUGAUUCUUAAAUUUGUUUCUAUGUUUCUCUAAUCUUUUAUCAUUAAUGUUAUAUUUUUCUGAUUCUAUAAAGGAUUGACAUUUUUUAUCUUGUUGCUUUCUCUGAGAAAUAUAAGGUUUAGCAAUUGUUUUCAUAGAUGACUCAUGAGACAGAGAUAUUGCUCUAGGAAAACUCAGAUUGUUAUCAAUAUUGUGGACAUGUUUGGCUUUUUUAUUAAUUACAGUUUCUUUUUGUUUCUUUUUUAUAACUUCAUUACAUGAAUAGUUAAGAUCAUCAUCUGAAGCAUCUGAUGAAUUAGGACUUGCAAUUUCAUAGUUCUGUACAACUGAUUUUUCUACAGGUAGAUUAAUAACAUUUGAGAACUUAUUUGUCACUGAUACAUUAUUUCUUGACAAAUGUUGAAUAUUUUUUUGCUGAUUUUCCAUGAAUGAUGUAUCCACUGAUACUUGGCUAUUAAGUGGUUUCGAUACCAAUGUCUUACUUUUCAAUGUUUUAUGAACAAGAGCAAAAUUAUCUUUUUCUGAUAUAUCAGUUUCAGUUUCACAAAAACUUCGUUUUUUACUUUUAAUACAUAAAUCACUUUCUCUUGAAUGAUUAUCUAAAGAUUUUAAUGUUGACAAUUUAAUAUCUGAUAAAUUUCUCUUGAGGUGAGAUGAAUUACUCUUCUCUUCUUGUAUCAUAGUGUCGAUAGAGGAUGUAUAAGAACUUGUUUGUUCAUCACUGAAAAUAUCUCUUUCCGAUGACUGAUUAAUCGGUUGUAAAUUUUUAUGUAAACUGUUUCUUAAAAUCAAUUUUCUUUUAUCCAUAGCAACUUUAGAAAAUUUUUUUCUCUUUCGCAAUAUACUCAAAAUUAAAACUGUUUAAAUUCGAACAAGAUAACACUUCACAAUUACAACUAUUAAUUGACAACUACGAAACGAAGUUUGAAAGCCGAUUUCACUAUAGCCAUAAUACUAUAUAUACAGUAUAGACACUGAAUCUUUCAAUGGUCUCUAAAGCCUAGUCUACAAUAGCCAUAACUCUAUAGAGUGCGAUCCACUUGGUGCUACAAAUGCUUCAAAGCAAUUUUUGAUUGGUCAAUUCAUAAUAUUUUUGUUCUGAUUGGUUAAUCCAAUGUUUCGAAGGAUUUGUAGCAGCAAGUGGAUCGCACCCAUAAUCUCAUAGUAGCAGUUUUCUAAUUAAGACAUGGGAUCGAUCUCACAAACUCCGGUUAAUCCAUAAAUCUUACAGUACUAGAUAUGCCUUCUGACUAAAAUUCUGUUCUGAGUUGAUAAAGCGAGAGAGCAAUAUCUUAUAUCCUUAUAUCCUUUAUCAUGUACUUUUGGAAAGUAAAGUAAGGAUAGAAGAUACAUAUCUACUGUUUUUCAGACUGAUUCUCCAUGCAUUUUUAUGUGCCACGGCUCUAAGCAUGCGCGAAAAAGAUAUUCCCCCAACGGGGGUUGCGCGGGCAACGCAAACCAAUUUUACAUAAACAGUCGUACGUUUAUGUGGACUGUGAACAAAGUGUUAUAAAGAGGAAAAAAGAAAAUGUAGAUUCAUGUGGCAGCGAAAUUUUAAGAUUUAGUAUCUAAUUGUGAGAUUUGUUGCCAUUUGUUGGAUUUGAAACAGAAAUGUGAAGGGGAUGCAUAAAAUGGAUAUUUUUGACGUGCUGCUCGAAGCUACGGAACCCCGUGUGAUAACGCAAAGUUUACUCAUUUCUUUAGCAAUCAAUCAGGGACCAAAGAAAGAAGGAGGCAGAUUAUUUCUUCAGGACGGAAUCGAGUUGGAUAAAUUAGAAGAAAUUCGUAUUGAAUUCUUGAAGAUUUUAAACAUUGAUCAUCUCUGGUUGUUGACAAAUUUAGUCAAAUUGUCGCUAUCUCAUAACGUUAUCGAGAGAAUAGAGAAUUUAGAUGAACUUUGUCAUUUGAAGGAACUGGAUCUUUCAUUUAAUCGCAUUAGUGUUAUGGAAAAUUUGAAAAAUCUGCAUCAAUUAGAAAUUCUGCUUCUGUACAGUAACGAGAUCUCGGAUGUACAGGGGAUAAGCGAUUUGAAGAAAUUGAUCAUUUUAAACAUUGGUAAAAAUAAGAUCAAUGACUGGAAGCAUAUUGUAUAUCUACGUGAUUUCAAAUCACUCAAAAGUUUGAACACGUGUGACAAUCCUUGCACAGAGAUGGACGGAUAUUUGGAUUAUUUAUUUGCAUUUUUGCCUCAAUUGAUUUAUUGUCAGUAUAAAAUGAUAUCUGAAAGCGAGCGUCGAUGUGCCAUCGAUAAACACUACCGUUUAAUUAGCAAUCUUGAGGAAAACGAGGCAAAAAUGCAAACAGAAUUGGCAUUGCAACGAGAAAUUGAAGACAAAAUUGCAUUACUAACUAUAGCUUAUGUGGAAUAUCUUGAUGAAGAUUACCUCUUUCAACAAAUGUUUUCCCUUGAUAAAGCAGGUAAAAUUUUAUCUACAAUAAACAAAGAUACACAGGAUGCAUUUGAGAAAUAUAAGAAGUCUUUCAUUGCAAUAUGUCAUGAGUUAUGUGAACUAGGUUUACAAGAGCAUGAUAAAAGAACAGAGGAAAUAAGAUUGUUUAAAGUUGUUGUUAACGAAGGUAAAGAAAAUAUGCAAAUUGAAGCAAGAAGUAUGAUGGAUAUGGUCAACACAUUUAUAGAACUUGCACGAGAAAAUUUUUCUCUAUUACGCAACGCAGAAAUUGAAUAUAAUAAUAUUAUAAAUGAGUUGGUUUUAUAUUAUCUAAAUGGUUUUGAGACUGAAUCACAUAUACCAUCUCAUCUUAAAGAUCUAUGUGGCAAUAAAGAUAUUUUGACUAUAACUCUUGCUGCGUCGCACGAUAUACAUUUACGAGUAAUAAAUGAUCGAGAGGAGCGCAUGAUAAAUCGAUUUAAUAAUUGGCUCAAAGAUUAUGUUGAUCAAUUAAUUGUGAAUGAAGAUAAAAGGAAUCGUCAACACAUAUUAGAAAUAUCACAUUUUUUUGAAUUUCAACAACAACAGCUUAAUUUAUUAAGCUUACAACAAUUAGAUUUGGCAGGUGUCGAUUUAAAUGAUAAUGGUAUAUUGAAAAAUUAUUAAUCAAUGUAUUACAUUUUUAUCUG